AUUAAAGGACGUAUGGGAGGGGCCUUUAUGACAUCGCGUGAUGUCAUUUUUUCCAACACACACACACGACAUCAAAGACAUGAAAGGCAUUAAAGGACGUAUGGGAGGGUCAUAAAGGACUCUUAGAGCAUUCUAAACAUUUCAGUGUUCUUCAACGUUGCGCCUUCAGAACUGGCAGAUCUUGUCACCACCAUGCCUGUUUUGAGCUCUCAGCAGCAGGAGGCCCAGCUUGACACGGCCUUCAACUUUAACUCAACUGUCCACGGUGGAGAUUUGCUCGUCUCUGAAUCCUGCAGCUACCGGGUGCAGUCUUUCCUGGGGCAGGGCACCUUUGGCACUGUUGCAAAGUAUGUGAGGAUCAAUGACAUGAAGUCUGUGGCCAUCAAGAUGAUGAACACUGAUGACAACUAUGUGCAGGCUGAGCUUGAGGUGGCUGCCUUGAAGAGACUGCAAUCACUCAACCCAGACCGGUGCAACAUUGUUCGUUGGUACGAGGAUUUUGUCGACCAAGGACACCUUUGUCUCGUGUUUGAGCACCUGGACACAAGUCUCUUUGACUAUAUGAAGGAAAGACAAUUCCAUCCUCUGCCUUUGAAGCAUAUCAGACCAAUUGUCCAUCAGCUUGCCAAUGCUUUGCACCACUUGAAGGCUGCUAAAAUAAUACAUGCAGACCUCAAGUUGGAGAAUGUGAUGUUGGUGAACCAACAACAAGAGCCCUUUAGAGUCAAGGUUAUUGACUUUGGCCUUUCGGCUCCUGAGUCUGGUCAUGCCGUUGGCUCAUACGUCCAGAGCCGUCCUUACCGCUCUCCAGAGGUCAUUUUGGGACUUACUCUCUCAUGGACCAUAGACAUGUGGUCUCUUGGAUGCAUAGCAGCUUUCCUGUAUCUCGGUCACUUGCUUUACUUCGGUAACAGUGAGUAUGAUGUGAUCAGGAACAUAACGCAGGUUCAAGGUCAGCCACCUGACAGACUGCUCUCCGCUGGCUGCAAAACUGACUGCUUUUUCCAAAGAAACGGCAACUAUCUUUGGAAACUCAAGACGCCAGAGCAGUUCCAACGAGAAACGGGGAUCACGGCGACAAAGCCGAUGUCAAACUUUUCCUCACUGAAUGACCUCCUUCACACCAGGCUCCUCAGCAGCCACAGAGGAACAGAUCGCUACCCAGAGAAGAAAGAUGUGUGCAUGUUUGUAGACAUGCUAAAAGAAAUGUUGCAGCUGGACGUAGCCAAAAGGAUCACACCUCUACAGCUGAUGCAGCAUCAGUUCACCAGCUUGGGGCACAUCACCCACCUGUACCCCUACAGUCACUAUGUCAGGUCCAGUGUUCAAGUGAUGAACGCCUGCCAGAUAAGAAAAUGUGGAAAAGCUGUGCGUGCAUCACGACGGCAGUGCACGGCCCUCAAGAGCCAACAACACUCGUAAGCUCCACUGUGUCAACCAGAUUUAUGAAGGGUCACGUCACAGAUCCUGCCACAGCUGCAAAAAUGCUUUUAAUGUAAUUCUAUUGUAAAUAAAUAUGUAAAAAUGUAAA